CCCCGGGGGGACGGGGGGGUGGGGGAGAGUCGCUGGUCGUGAAUUCGCCUCUCAGCCAUUCAUUACCAACUCACUACGGCGGUACAACGCGGAGGGACAGAAGAGAGAGAGAGGAGCAAGCAGCAGCCGCAGCAGCAGCAGCAGGAGAAGAGAAAGGAGAGAGGAAGGGGAAUCAAGAGAGAGAGAGCCAGAGAGGAAAGAGAAUACGGAGGAGAAGAAUGGCAGGCGGCGUGGUUCUGUCGGCAAAGAAUGCGGCCGCCUCAAUUCUGAGGUUGACAUCGCAGGCGUCAAAAGUAAGGAACCCUCCCGCUCCCCACCAGCACCACUGCCAAGCUCGUCCACUGCCAUCAGCUUUGCGAGUGCUGCCAAGGCUGGGCAACGUCGCGUCGGCGAGGUGCCUGAGUUCGUCGUUCAAGGCGUCCGACUUGCAAGUGGAGGUCACGAAGCACGGCGCCACGAAGCCGGACGUGGACAAGCUGGUGUUCGGGAAGACGUUCACGGACCACAUGUUCUGCGUGGAGUGGACCGCGGGUGGCGGCUGGCAGACGCCUCGCAUCCAGCCGUUCCAGAACCUAUCACUGCACCCUGCCUCGUCCUCUCUCCACUACUCCAUAGAGCUGUUUGAAGGCAUGAAGGCAUUCCGCGGCGUGGACAACAAGGUGCGAAUUUUCCGACCGAUGCUCAACAUGGAGCGGAUGCACCGCACGGCGCUGAGAGCCAGCUUGCCCAGCUUUGACACGGCCGAGUUGUGCGAAUGCAUCCGCAAGCUGGUGGAGCUGGACAAGGACUGGGUUCCGCACUCGACCAAGGCCAGCCUCUACCUCCGCCCGACCUUCAUUAGCACCGAGCAAACGCUGGGCGUGUCGCGGCCGGGCCGGGCCCUGCUCUUCGUGAUCCUGUCGCCCGUCGGGCCCUACUUCAGCACCGGCGGCUUCAGCCCCGUGGCGCUGCUCGCCGACCCGCAGCACGUCCGCGCCUUCAAGGGCGGCGUCGGCGAUUGUAAACUCGGGGGGAACUACGGCCCGACUAUCUACGUCCAGAACCUGGCCAUUCAGCAGGGCUGCCAGCAGGUGCUGUGGCUAUACGGAGACACUGAGCAGAUCACGGAAGCCGGAACGAUGAACCUCUUCAUUUACUGGAUCAACGAGCAAGGAGAGGAAGAGCUGGCGACUCCACCGCUGGACGGCAUCAUCCUGCCCGGGGUGACUCGCCAGAGCCUGCUGGACCUCGCUCGGCAGUGGGGCGAGUUCAAGGUGUCCGAGCGGUACAUCACCAUGGCCGACCUGCAGAAGGGGCUGCGGGAGAAGCGUGUCAAGGAGAUGUUCGGAGCUGGAACCGCGUGUGUGGUCUGUCCCGUCGACAGGGUACUGUACCACGGACAGAACCUUCACAUCCCGACGAUGGAAAACAAUGGCCCCAAGAUCGCGACUCGCUUCCUGCAGGUCCUCACAGACAUCCAGUACGGACGAACCGAGAGCGAGUGGAUGCACCUGGUCGAUUAAUACCUCGCCUCGCGAGCAACGAGCGGGCGAAAAAAAACCCCCCCCACAGUUUGCACAACGGGGAAAACACGUGCGCCCUUCGCGAGGAACGCCGAAGUCCGUCAGCAAAUCGCACCUUGGGUUGAGACCGCGAAAUCGAAAUAUUUGUAUCAACUUCCUCGACAGCUCACGUUUACCCGACCAGCCUUAUUGGCCAGCAACCUUCUCUCACUCUCUCUCUCUCUCGUGGAACAAGCUGAGCCCUUCAUGUGAAUGUAUCUCUUUUGGUCUUCUCUCUGCCUGUCUGUUUGUCGGUCUCUAUAUACCUGUGUAUCUUCCUCUGCGUUUGAGCGCUCUGGAAAUUGGCCUCUUGCAGUGUUCUUCACUGAUUGUCAGAGGGGGGUGGUGAGGGGGGGGGGCAUUUCCCCCUAUAAGACAUCAUCGGUGCGAGGGCCGCCACAUGUUUGAAACCAAUGGGGGUUUGACAGCAGCACGAUGAUGAUGAUAACGAGUGGUGUUUUCACUCUGUGGUGCCUUGCGAUGAAGAACACUGCGCAAUUGCUUCUCACAUUAACGUUCUGCUCUAGUUCUGUAGUUUCAAGAUACUCGGACCACUGCAAUAACAGGUGAUCCUUCAUUGUAAAAGUUUACUUCGUUGGCAUUUCAGCUUCCUUUUAUUUCUGCUAACCACAUCGCCGGAUAGACACACGUGUGAGAGUGUAAUUUGUUCUCCGCGCAAAGGGCAAUCGCAACGUUCUGGCGACGUUGGGGCGGCAACCCCCACGUCAGGCGAGUUUGUUGUGACGGCGCUCGCCACUGAACCGAAUGCAUUUCCUCUUGUGCCCAUUUGCGUUUUGCAGAAGUGAACAUUUUCAAGCUGCACGUUUUCAGCAUUUCAUAGUCGUCGUCUGCACCCCUGCGCGAGCACUUGGGGAAAUCGGGGAAACCACUAUUCGCGAUUGUCCUGACGGAGCAAGCCCAGUGUACACACAUGGGCGGACUAACGUUGCCCCAAUGUUGCCCCAACGUUGCCCCAAUGCUGGAGCAACGUUGGCCCCAAAGUUCCAUGUUUAUUCCCGGGGAGUGAGAUGAGCUCAUGUGCAAAGUGGUGCAUUUUGACAUAUCAGGACUGUGGGAUGUUGGCUGUCGUGGGCAGGGCCUUCAUCAUCCAGCAGUGGAUAGACAGAUGGUGAUUAACAUGUCACUAUGAAGGUGUUGAUAUGCUAAAUAAUAGCACCAAGGGGAAGACAGCCUACAGGCUUAGUAAUGUAAAUCCGGCCACCCUCUUUCCCGUUGCACGCAUACCUCUUAGGGUGCUCGGGAUGCGUUCUUGGUAAGCCCAGCGCUAUACGAAACGGCACUAAUGGGGGUCGUUAUAACAUGGUUCCAAUGGAGAUGCGUUACCUACAGAGCUUGCUUUUUUUCUUCUUUCACCUAUGAGCGAUAUGUUGAGGCUUCAUUGGGGUAUCGGUAAUAGCCUUAAUAAUGAUAGUGUACACAUGGUAAAUGUAUUAAAGCAUUUUAUAAAUAAUAACAUUUACUGAUAAUGAAAUGAAAAAAUAUAUAUAAUAAGUUACCUACUCAGCGGUGCAUUCGGUCGGAGCUUGCAGAAUAUUAACCACACAAUGCCAUUAGCGAUACCAGUGGCAUUCUUCAACCCACGGAUGACCAAUGAAUCCAUGCAGUGAUUAACCCCGUGAUGGAUCGACACUCUUACGUGGCUGUCCCAUCGAACUGAGCGCAGAGUCGGUACAACGGACGCCUCGAUUCCAGCUUCCACGAGGCCAAAUAUGGGCGGAGACGUGUGAUCCCUACGGGGGCAAUGCCACGCCUCCUUCCUUCCUUCCUUCUAUAUAUGGGCCGAUCCGAAGCUGGAAUUUUCCUCCGGGACGAACAAACGUCGCAACGAAACGAGCGCUACGAGAGGCAUGCCUGUAUUCCUUUUCUGAACGGGGGUGGGGGGGGGGGGAUAGGUCGGGUGUGGGAUCCGAGACUCUUCCCGGCACCCCCUGAGAAGAGUCGAACUCGUGGCGGGAUCGCCCACUCGGGCGACUUCACGUGCGGUGUCGCCAGCCCCGAGCGGGGAGCGUCAUCGGCGUCGAAACCAUCUCCCCCCCCACCCCCCCCCCCCGUCGUGUCCCCCCCUCUUCUCGGUGGCGUCACGAACUGAAGCCGCGCGGUUUUGAUUUCUCCGUUGGUGCCCUCGACUGCGGAGCCGUGCUCGACGCACGUGCCAUGCCACCGCGUUACGUAACAAGUCGUGUGAGAGGGGGGGAGGGGGGCGCUGCUGCGGUGUCGCGGAUCGCGGGCGGUCGGCGGCGGUGCAGCUGUCCCUGCGAUCCGGAGGUCGCCGGUUCGAUUCGCCCGGUUGUGACGUCACAAUCGGGUGACGUCACAAUGGUCGGCACGGAGACGUGUUUUGACAUUCGCGGGCGACCGCGCCCCCGGCGGCUGCCUUUGUCUCCCUCGCGUCGAUGUUUUUUUUUUUUUGCACACCGCGACCGGGUAACUCGUUUGAGGCCGAGUCGACUUAGCGGAGGCCCAUGGCCGGUCUGGUAUUUAAUCGUCAGCUGGCGGUUGGUGGCCGUGAGCGGGAAUUGAACUCGGCACGCCCAGGUUCGUAGCGCGGCGUGCUAACCGUUGUGCCACCGCUCAAUCUCUUUUCCCCCCCCCCCCCCCCUGGACGUACCCACACGUAUUUAAUGCCGUGGGCCAAUUUGCUCUGCAAACAACAACGAAAAGCGUUUUUCUUAAAAAAAAAAUACAAAAAUUCCCCAAAGAAAGUAAAAAAAAAAAUUGUGCCACGAACGCUAAUGAACUUCUUUAAAAAAAAAAAAU